AUGAUUGAGCUCAUUCCUCUGCUUUAUAUUCUUGCUAGAGGUUUGCAACUUCUCACAACAAGCACAAAAUCAGAGAACGUUGGUGGAAAAGCCCGACGAGACCAUUUAAGACUGGUGUUAAUUGGUGCCCAGUACGCAGCCAAAAGCUCUGCAGGCAACACCAUUCUGGGGAAAAAUGCAUUUGAUGUAAAUAAUGGUGGCAAAAGAAAGAUAUUCUGUGAAAUAAGUCACAGUGUGGUCGCAGACAGGAGACUGACGGUGGUUGAUUCUCCUGGAUGGUUCCGCCCUCUGAGCCUUCAGGACACCAGUGAGAUGGACAAACUUGAAAUAGAGAGCAGCAUGAAUCUGUGUUCUCCAGGACCACAUGCAGUGCUGCUUGUGAUUCCUGUGGCAACAGCAAUCAAUCCCUCAUAUCUGAGAUCUGUUCAGGAACACAUGAGUCUGUUCAGAAAAGAAAUCUGGAAACACACCGUUGUUCUGCUCACCAGAGGAGACUGGCUCGGAGUGAAGACUGUGGAGGAGCGUAUAGAGAGUGAGGAGGGUCUGCAGUGGAUCAUGAACAAGUGUGAGAACAGGUAUCAUGUCCUGAACAACAAGGACCGUGGUGAUAACUCUCAGGUAAAGGAGCUCCUGGAGAAGAUUGAAGAGAUGUGUGCAGGAAAUGAAAAUCCUUACUACGAGGUCGACCUGAGCCGAGCAACAGAACUAGAAGCCAAGAAAGAAGCUGGAGACAAGAAGGCCAGAAGGAUAAAGAAGAUAACUGGGAGACAGGCGAGAGUUCUGAAAGAGCUGUAUGGAGACACAAGACAGUCAAUCACUGACAUGAAGAUCGUGCUUGUUGGACAAAAAUGUUCAGGAAAGAGUACGGCAGGAAAUAUGAUCCUUUUAAAUGAAAAAUUCAACAUCAGUUUUUACAUCAGUCCGCUGCAGAAGGACGUCCAGGAUCAGAGAAGAACUGCAACCUGUGUGAAGCAUGAAGGACAGUUUGAUGAAGUGAAGGUGACGGUUGUAGAAACACCAGGCUGGUUCAGAGACUCCACACCGCCUGACUGGAUCAAAGAUGAAGUUUCCCACAGUGUCUCCAUGUGUGCUCGGGGGCCUCAUGUCUUUCUCCUGGUUGUUCCCGUCCUCAGAUCAUUUACAGAGAAAGAUCUCCAAGAUCUGGUCGAGGUCUUGAAGUGCUUUACAGAGAGAGUGUGGAGACACUGCAUGGUGCUGUUUACCUGGGGAGACUGGAUCAAUGAACGGCCUGUUGAGGACUACAUCACCAGAGAGGGCAGAUACAUCCAGGAGCUUUUGGAAAAGUGUGGAAACAGAUACCAUGUUCUCAAUGGCUUUCACUUUGGAGAUCCUGUUCAAGUUAAAGAGCUGUUUCAGAAAAUUAUUGACUUGGUAACACAAAACAAGGGACGCUUCGCAACUAAAGGCAAACAAAACAAAUUUCAAAUUUUACCUUGGCAAAAAGGAAUGAUAGAAGAGGAAUGGAAGAGGAGGGAGCAGCAGCUGGUUGAGAGAAUGAUGAAAGCUUUGGAGAAAGAACCAGAAGAACAAACUGUUCCUUCUGUGAGGAUUGAAUGUAGCAUGGAUGACCGACCUGACUUGAGCGGAGAUAUUGCCUCAGAAAUUGGGACCGUUUCCGAUUUCAGGAACCAACGAGCUCAUGACCAAGUCUCUGAAUGGCUGAUGAACAGUGUUAGACCGCCUAAGAUCUCCUCUGGCAUCAGCAGUGUUUGUUCCUCAGCAGCUUAUAUGGAAAGUUUUGACGAAGUUCCAUUAAUUGAUAAAAAUAAGCCAACAACUAGUUCUUUCCUAGAGAAGAGUGAAGUUGUUUCUCGUCAAAUGAGCUUCUUCUCAAACGCUGCAAAGAUGCAGCGCAGGGCCUCUUGUUAGGCAAAGCAGAUGAGGAAUUUAAAACAAUAAUGGAAUUAAAGCGACACACAGGACACAACAAUUCUAAUGUAAAAAAAAAGAGAAGCAAACAGAUUUUUUUGAUUUCUGAACAUUAUUUUGGAUCUUUUAACAAACACUGCAGAGAUGAUCAUACAGUCUGCUCAUUUUUUUCUAAUUAUCACAUUUUAAU